CUGUACAGCGCGUGUACAGAAUAUAUCCGGUAUUUACCCCGCGCCGCCGAGUUUCCAAGAUGGCCGCGCCCAUUAGUUGGAGCAUGAGAAGAUUUUACAUCAAUGCUUUUAGAUACCAUAUCCGAUGCCAGCAUGUUGGCUUGCAGAUACAGCUUUCCAAUAGGAGACUAUACAACACAAAGGCUCCACGGAACAUAUUAACCCUUCACGACAGAGGCAUCUUUCAAAAUGUCUAUCCCAGUGGCAGUACCCCAGAACUUGUUCAAAAGCUGUCUAAACCAGUAACGGUAUACUGUGGCUUUGAUCCUACAGCUGAAAGCCUUCACAUCGGUAACCUGCUGGCAAUCAUAGCGCUACUUCACUGUCAACGUGGCGGACAUAACCCUAUAGGACUAAUAGGGGGCGCCACCGCCAUGGUUGGAGAUCCUAGCGGUAAAACCAAGGACAGGAAGCCGAUGAAGGUUGCUGAUGUGGAGAGAAACAUGGAGUCCAUUACGGAAAGUCUAUACAGGAUAUUUGACAAUCACAGGAAAUUCAUAUUGAAGGAAGAUAAAGAACUUCCUCCCCUAAAAAUUUUAAACAAUGCUGAUUGGUAUCGAGAAAUUAAUGUCGUCAGUUUCCUUGCAUCCACUGGGCGUCGGUUUCGUCUGGGUUCCAUGUUGUCCCGUCAAAGUGUUUCAGACAGACUUAAGUCAUCAGAGGGGAUGAGUUUUACUGAGUUCAGCUAUCAAAUCCUCCAGGCCUAUGAUUGGUUGCACCUUUGUCGCCAUCACAAAUGUUCAAUACAGAUCGGAGGGAAUGAUCAGCUGGGAAACAUUACGUCAGGUUUUGAACUUCUAUGUGCGGAAACGGAUGAACGUGUAUGGGGCCUGACUGUUCCUUUGAUAACAACACAUAGCGGGGAGAAACUUGGAAAGACCGCAGGAAAUGCUGUAUGGCUGAACUCGGAUCAGACAUCUCCUUUUGAAUUCUAUCAAUUUUUUAUCAAACGGGCGGACGAAGAGGUAGACAGGUAUCUUAAAUUGUUCACGUUUCUAUCAGACGAUCAGAUAACCAAAGCCAUCAAAAGACACAAUGAAAACCUGGGUACCAGAUACGGACAGAAACUUUUAGCAGAGCAAGUUACGCGUUUAGUCCAUGGCGAGGAAGGGCUGGAACAGGCCAGGCGAUGGACGUCGGCUUUCUACACUGGAACAACCGACAGCCUGAACGCUCUGAGUCUGGAUGAGUUACAACAGCUGUUUAAAAAUGUAGUAACAAUACAGAUGCUACGUGACCCUGGCAUGACAGUGAGAGAGAUGUGUAUGAAAGCCAAAAUAUUUAAUAGAGAAGCUGAUGCAGAUCGAAUUAUUGGUGAAGGAGGAUUGUAUAUAAAUCAUUGCAGAACAUACACUCCCGACCUUAUCUUGUUACCAAGGCAACAUAUCCUAUCAAAUGACAUCACUCUAGUCAGACUGGGGAAGAAGAAGCAUUUCAUCAUCAGAUGGCUCAGUCCGUGAUAUUCUCAGAUGUUGACAACAUCUUACAGAUAUAAUUAUAUGUGACUGUUACACUAAUGGAUGGACCAUGUUGGAUACAUUUGUGUUUCAUCACACACAGAUCAAGUUCACUCUUUGUACAAAUUAUUUAAUUUACAAAUCUGUAAAAAAAAAAAAGGAAAAUCAUUAUUUAUAGGUCUUAAUAAAUCUUUAUUCUUUAAUUGUUUAUUUUAGUGCGAAAAUAGAGGCAAUAUAUAAAAAGUUAUUGUUCGACUUUCUUUAUCUAUAAUCAAAAACAAAAACAAUACCACACACACCCUCACAGUCACACACACAUACCCUAACACACACACACAUACCCUAACACACACACACACAUACCCUAACACACACACACACACAUGUUAUUGUAAUAAAAAUCCUUGAGUUGCAAGAAAAUAUUAUAACUUAGAUUCCAAGUCAGGGAAAAGUUCUGGGACACAUUAAAGUUUCAAAAGUUUAAAAA